UGGUUCCCAAUUCCCUGUGGGUCUGGAGUUUCAUGUGCUGUGUUUCCACAGCACCUGUGCCCUUCAAGUUUCAGCAGGAUGAGCACCCAGUCCCCACACACACUACAGAAACUGGCAAUUCAGAGCUUGCUGAGGGACAAGGCCUUGGCCAUGGAGGCCGUGGAAUAUCUGCCAGGGGCGCUCUUCCCACCAGUGUUCAUGGAGGCCUUCACUGGGGGACACACUGAGGUCCUGAAGGCCAUGUUGCUGGCCUGGCCCUUUCCCUGCCUACCCCUAGGAUCCCUGAUGGAGAUGAGGACACCAGGUUCUUUGGACACUCAGAAGAAUGUUCACCAGAUGAAGGAAAGAAUGUUUCAAGCUGUGCUGGAAGGGAUUCACAUGCUGCUGAGCCAGAAGGUUUGCUCCAGGAAGUUCAAAUUGCAAGUGCUCGAUAUGCGGGCUGUGCACCAGAACUUCUGGACAGUCUGUGCUGAAAACAAGUUGCAAGCCUGCUCCUCAGAAACCAUGAAGAGGAGAAAAACAAGGAAGAGUCUGCCAAGAGUGGCAAAAAAGCAGCCCCUCAAGGUGAUUGUAGAUCUGUGGAUCAUGAAUGAGUGGCUGGAUCCAGUGGAUAGCUACCUCCUCAAGUGGGUCCAGGAGAUGGAAAACCGGGUGCACCUGCAGUGUCCGAAGAUGUGUAUCACGGGCCUGUGCACCGAACGGGUCACAAAGAUCCUCAAAAAGCUGAAUCUUUAUUCUGUGCGGGAGAUGGAUGUGCUUUUCUCCUGGACAAUGUUUUCCUUGGCUCAUUUUGCCCCUUUUCUGGGACAGAUGAGAAAUCUUCACAAAGUGUUUAUUUCUCACGUCUUUGUGCCUGCCACCAUUUCCCCAGAAAUGAGAGAGAAGUUGUUCACCAAAAUCACCUCUCAAUUUCGUAAGCUUCACUGUUUACAAGAGAUUUAUAUGGACUCCGUUGAGUUCCUUGAAGGCCAUUUGGACCAGGUGCUCAGAUCUUGUUUUGUGUUUCCCAUGAACUCUUUCGCCAAAGGACAGUGUACUACAUGCACCCUAACCCAUGCCCGGCCUGUAUCCCCAUCUAGUUGAGUGCACAUUUCCCAUGCUACCUUCUGGCCCCAGGACGCAGAGCUCUUCUUUCAGUGUGAGUGAGAAAAGGACAGCUUGGUAGCAGGCAGCAAUGUUGGAGAAUCAUGGACCUGCAAGGGGAAAUGUCUUCUGUGGACCUGAGUCCUACACAGGGUCAGAAACCAGAAUUUGAGUUGUUAGAUGUUAAUUCAGUCUUUGCACAAAUGUGUGCGUAAAUGUAAAGGAAUGAUCAUAAA